AACCCUCUGUUUGGUCAUCCUAGUGCCGGAUUGGUGCGUGAUUCAUUCGCACUUUGCUCCGGGUCGCGUUCGCCUGCCUGGUUUACUUUGGCGCCUUAACGCGCAAAGCGCAGAAACAGCCCCCAGCUCUCACCAACUGCUGAGAAAAAAACUACGUCGAGAUAGUUAUUCCGUUUAUGGCGUCAACAGAACUGUGUUGUUGUUGGUUGUUUGACUGAGUAGAGUUUCGUCAUUAGUUUGCAAUUGUACGGAAUACGGAAUUGUUUGCAGUUCGCACUUUGCUCGUGUCGUAUCAGGCUGGAUUCUAAUUGGUCGCGUGGUUCAACUUGGAUCGUCGAUUCGAUAGCGUCCGAAGGUCUUCCAGUGCGUUCGUUUAUCAUUUUGGCGCUUGGAUCGUUAUCACAGAGGAGGUCGAGGCUAGCAGGUGUUGCGAGUUUGGCGUUUAGUUUGUUGUUGAUUAGGUCGCUCGAUGCAGUUGUUGGCUACAUACAGAUGGUGAUUAACAGUUUCAUGGCCUUCAAUGAAUUUAAUUGAACGUUUGAAGAACCAGUGGGAACAUCGAACAGCAUCGUAUUAAAGUGAUACAAAGGAACAAGCCAAAUGCAGAUGAACGGUGAAGACAAACCGAAGGCCGGUAUUAUGAAAUUUAACAACCGCAACAGUUCACCAGAGAAAGGGACGACACGAUUGGCCGGUGUUUCAGUGAAGCAAGAGCCGUUCCCGGAAGCAGAAUCGCCCCCGGACCAGAAGCCUUUGUUGCUGCAACAGCAAAAACAGCAAAUAAGCCUGAAAAACAAAAUUACUCCUCAGCAGCUGCUUCAGCUGCAGCAGCAGCAACAGCGGCAACCGCUGGCUAAGCGACCCCGCAUCGAGUCUCUUCCUGCCGAGGAGACUGAGCCAGAGGAACAGGAGGAGGAACCAGAGCUAGACACAUCCGCCACCGAAUCGGAGACGGAAAUGGAUCAAACGGCAGACGACGGGAUGAUCGUGUCCCACCCUUCGCAACGGUUAGACAUGUCCGUUUUAAAGGCCAAGGGAACAACAACGACAGUAUUGGUCACGGAGGAAUCUGACUCGGACGACAGGAUAGGGCGGAAAAACGUAAAACGAAAAAUGGUCGGCAAGCAGACCAACACAAACACAUCCACCAAGGUUAAAUUGCAAAUGGUGCACGAGUUUCCCACACUGUUCUUGGGACUGAGGCGCAACCGAAUAUUUCUGGUCAAUUCAUUGGCGCAGAGUUUCGAACUUAAUCAGCGGGACAUCAUCCUGACGCUGCGAAAAAUCAAAUUAAACGAACACAACGCUCGGUUAGCGAGUGUUUUUGGACUGACUGAUAGUGAGGUGGAAGUGCUGUUCCGUACAAGUGUGCCUAAAAUAGCAGACUGUUUGCGAAAUUUCAUCGUCUGGCCGGACGAUAUCACGAUGAAACUGAACGUUCCGAUCAACCUGCGGCAGCACUUCAACAAAAUCCAUCUCAUCCUCAACUAUCUGGUGGUUAAGGUGCGACAGAACGCUGUUAAGCAUCUUUCCCAGGCGCAAAGCGAAACAUCGUACUGCGAGCUAGACCAGUGUCACAAGCUAAAAUAUCUAAUCGCUUCCACACUGGACGGCUGCGUGUGUUUCGUAUCACGAGGCUUCGGCAUUCGGACGGAUGACGAAGCCGUCCUGGCACAAUCCGGCUUUCUAACCAAGUUCAAAACCAACACGAAUCUGAUUGCUGGCAAAAAUUUCCAUAAUUUUGAGGAUCGUCUUACCAACGGUCACGACCACGAAAACAACAACGGUGCUGGAACGACAACCGGCAUCGGGGAUGACUCCGACUUGGAACGGACGUUAACCACCAGCAACGAGGACGAUAACUUCGAGGAGAUCGUAUCGGAAAAGAUCAGCAAAAGCCGGACAUUUAAACUGAAAAGCUACAUCGAGAGUGUGCUGGAAAGUUUUCAGGGACACCUGAUCCUUUCGCCAACGGCAUGCGUAGACAGUAAAACGUUGGAGCUACUGGAGCUACUAGACGACGUCGUGGUGAUUGUCGGAGCGCUCAUAAACCUGCAGAAACAGGAAGUAGAGUAAGUAUGGUUGCGUACACGCGUACGCAUCCGUGUAAGGUAGAGUUUGCGAAAUAGGAAAAACCCCCCUUGUUGGUAGGAAUCUUAUCGAUGGAUCGCGCUAAGUCGGAUUUUGCACGAUUGUAGAGCUAAAAAUGUUUACUUUUCGCUUGAAAUUUAGCAUUAUUGGUACGUAAGAAAAAUAUUUUAACUCUGUUGACGAUUUCCGUUUUCUUCCUGAAAGCCCCUGGUCCCCAGUGGGGGUCGUGGCCGGUGAUGGAGGGGGGUCAUGUAAAACAUCGGUAUCGUGCGGAGCUUAUGAUAGGUAUUCUAUUUGACACUCACUCACACACACGUACACAACAAGCAAGCAGAAGCAUAAGAUAAAUAUGAAAGUUUGAUGCGCUAUCUCGUAUUGUAGAUAAUUUUUAAUUAAUGUGUAUGCCAAACUAAACUAUUCACAACAAUAAAGUUUAUCAGUGGAAUAUACAAAAAUCGAGGCAGAAAAACAAAGAAAAACAAAGAAAAACGUCUGAAAAAUGAACGGUUUUGGUAAUUGUCCCUUUGAUUGCAGUACAGGUAACAGCCUCAGAGAACAUAUAUUUGAAGCACGAAUCUAAAUCGGGUCAUCAGGCUACGUAUGAGGUUCGUUUUUCUUCUUUACAAUCUUAAAUCUAAAAAUUACUUAUAAAAUAUUACCUGAGAUAUCGUCUACAACGAUUUCGAAAUUGCUUCCACAUUACGUAGCUGUGAUAGCAAAUUCAUCACUGUUCUUGAUAUUUGUCAAUAUUCAUUGAGUAAUUUCCAAUUUACAAUAAGAGCACCUUCAAAAUUCAUCUUCCUGUGCCAAAAAAAAUGACUGAACCUAUUUGAAUCUAUUUAAUUAUUUAAAAGAAAACUCUAUAUCAAGAGAUCAGGUUAUAACAUGUUUAUCAAAUGUUUCGUAUAUUAACCUUCUAAAAAUUGGAAAGUUUUUGAAAACAUUCUCGGUGAUAUCGAUCCAUUCUCUGACGGCUGUAGCCUGUGUUUUGGAGAUUUAAACAGAGCAAAAAUAAACCAGAUCUAGAACAAACAUGAAGGUUUCACUUUACCCAUCCUCUGCCACCUUUCAUCUGGCGAUCCACUCUGUUACGACUGUUGAACCAACAAUACUUGAACUAACACCGUAAGGUAAAAUAAAAGUAGAACACUAGUGAAGUUUGAUUUUUCCAAACGAAACUAUGCAAAAUGUUAGUCUUAAUUCAAUUAACAAUUACUACUAUAUCCCAUAUCGCUUUCUCAAUAACAUUAUCAGUUAUAAUAGAUUCUUCUCGUUCGGUUGAAAGGAGAAUUCAUCAACGUUCUAUGCUCCACAGUACCCGUGAAGCUCUAGAUUCAACAAUGUCGAGCACAGCCGCAAGUUAAAAUAAAAUAAAUGCGUGUUUUGAAGUUAAAGUAAAAUCUUCAGUUAACAGGCAUAUAUGAUUCGACAGUGCCGUUUAAUGCAAUUUUGAAGUCGUUCCAUUUUCACUCGAUGGAUAAAUACUAAUAUGAAAAAAAUACAUAUGGAUAAGCAACUGCCUCCUGUUGUGACUGCAGCACUGACACGGUAAGCGAUAAUCGAAGAUUACAUGUAAUAAAAUUAUUACUAAAACUAUUACUAAUACGACUACAAAAAAUAGUAUGUUCUUUAAAGUAAUACAAACAAAGAGAAAAUAAAAGGCAGAUGGUGAGAAAGUUAUAGUUCUUAUGAUUGCAAAAAAACUGGUAACACGGAGUUAAGAUAUGAAAACUGGCAGUUUUAGAAUGUAUAAUAGAAGAAAAACAAACAAAAAAUUGAGUGAAAACCGGACAAAGCCCUGGUAGAAAACACACUUUGUAAAUAGCAAAUAACAUAGGGUAGAGUAAAAUGUAAUUCAUUGACCAUUUUUAUCAGUACGAUAACAAAAAAAAAAAACAAUAUUACAAGGAUGCUUUGACGAAGUUUAGGAAUACUGAACAGAAAAACUGAAAUAGUGAUUAGUGCAACACAACCGAGAAAUUGACUACCACGAUUGCUGGUAACUGAAGAACAUUUGGCACUAUGACGCGAUUACGAACUUUAAAAUUACACUUGAAGGAUACCUAAAUGAAUAAAAAUAUUUACACGCAAGUAAAGCAA